AAUAAUCCAAUCAUGAGCAGCAGGCGAGUUAACGACUUGAUUGGCAACUCAAGGGUUACACUCCAUCGACUGCAAGCGUAUCUAUUGCAUUGAGUGCAGCUGCCAGAUAACUGACAUUCUCCCCGAUCGCCUGCUGCCUUGGCAUUUGCAUGUCUUUAGCGGGUAUCAAGGAUAAGCGUAGCCAGCUGAUUGAGAUUGAGUCAUACCCGGAACAAUGCCGUCCAACCGUCAACCAUCAGCAGCCAUCAAGCAUCAAGCAUCAACCGUCUGUGAAAGUGAUCGUGAUCGAGGCCGCAGAUGCGGCAGUAAACACAUCCUUUCUACUCCCGUGUAUCCUUGCAUCCUUGUAUCCUUUCAUCCUUGUAUCCUUUGCUUUGCGUGUCACUCGACCGAUCAGCUAAACAACAACAAACAAUGCAGAGAGGGGAAAGGAGUAAGCAUCCUUUGUGGCUGUUUUGUUAGCUUUGAUCGAAGCUACUUAGCAUUUUCCUUUCUGGCUUUGUACUCCUCCCCUUGCCAUUCCACAUGCCUCGCUGAGUUUUCCGCACCGAUCAAAUGGAAUAAUACUGCUUAGAUUUACAUUUUCCAAAUUCCAAAUAUUAUGCUUGCCGUGGCAUUUGUUAAGUCACCAUUAUUAUCUCUUACGAGAAUCUUAAUCUUGGGGCGAUUGCAAUGUAUACAGUGUACGUAAAUAUUUCCAGUUCUUAGAUCAAAUUGUAUUAUUGUUUUUGGUUUUUAACACUUUUCGUGGUGUGCCGUAAAUAUUCUGUCAAAAUUUUCAAGUGCUCGCGCAGAGAAUGUUAGGUGACAGUUUAGGAAACGACUGGCUCCUUUGGCCCCCUGCCCUCCAGCUGCUCAACUUUCCCUCGCCACAGCAGCAGGAGCAGGAACCUGGUCCUUUGGUUCGGUACGAGUAUCCUUCGAUACCCCAGCUGCGCCUGGCAGCCCGUAGAUUGAGGCCAUCGCGUUCGGUUAUGGAAGGUUCUGGCGAAGGCUCCGGUGGACAGGAGAACGGAAGUGGCGCCUCACCGAGAGUGAUCUUUGUGCGGAGGUGCUACAUGAUGGCCGGCUUGUUCUCGAUCAACACUGCGAUCCCCGCCAUAAUCCUGUCCGAGGUCAUUCCUCCGCAUACAGAUCUCAUAAUGCCAGGCUUCAUUUGCGCCAUGGUUUCCCUAAUGGUGCUCUUUGUCUUCUGUCUCUCGGCCAAGUUGCGGAAGUUCUAUUGGUUCAGCUUCAUCAUGGCCGGGCUGUUUGUGAGUCUGGCAGGAUUGGGCGUGAAUCUGCUUCUCGUGGAGCGGAAUAUUGUCCGCGUGUGCAGUGCCCUCCUGGCGGCGUCUGCCAUGACUGUGAUCUGCUAUUGCGCUGGCGCAUGGUUACCCAAGAUCAUCCUGCCCGGAGAGAAGACUAUGUUUCUGCUGCUCGUCAUCUUCGUGAUGGCCUCCAUCUUUGUGAUGACCGUGUUUAUUUUCACGGACAAUUGGAUCUACCAGCUGGUGUACUUCUCGUUAUUGGCCACUUUGCUAAUACCCGCAUCCGUUUAUCACGCUCAAGUGGUUCAUUCCAGGCGAUUCCAGCUGCCGGAAUACGAAUUUGUGAUUUGCGCCGUCAACGUGUAUCUGCACUUUCUGCUGUUCUUUGCGGCCUUCUACUUUGUCAUCUGGCCGACCAAAUGGUGACGAAUUCAGCGACUUGGAGUCCUUAGCAGAUUGGUUACUACUGAAGGUCCUUAACCGGAAUGAUGGCCAUGUAGCUAGCUGAAUCUACUGUUUUUGGCUUAAUAAAGGAACACUUUUGUAGCCAUGUUGUUAAUAUAUAUCUCAGCAAGAGUAUCAGUACAAUAUUUUUAUACA